AUGAAUGAGCUAAUUGAUAUUUAUAAAAAGUACGUUCUCGAUCAGAUGGAAUUAGAUAUUGAAAACUGUUUUCAAUUUCUUGAAUAUUACAUUUGUAUUUCAGAAGACAAAAAGAUCGAAGAGUGUAUAGAAUUUAUCUCAACACAUUUCUCCAAAAUUGAUGAAAAUCAACUCAUGUUAAUUUCAAAAAAACUCGGAAUUGAAAUCCUUCAUAAAUUAUUUAGCAAUAAUGAACUUGCAGUAAAGGAUGAAGAUACAUUUGCAAGGCUCAUCAUUAAUCUUAUUAAAGAAUCCGAGAUUUACUAUCCUUUACUUGAAUAUGUUAAUUUAGAGUUUUGCAGCGAUAUUUUAAUGGAUGAAAUAGAUGGUUUAGCAAAUGGAAAUGAAAAAAUUGUUUACAAAUCAUAUAGGAAUUCAGUUAUAAGAUUAAGAAAUAUUAAUGGUUUCAAUCCGAGAGAAAUACUUCCAAAAAUUAAAGAAUUAAAGAAUUCUGAUGAUUUUUAUAGUAUAUACGAAUUUCUUGAUGAAAUUUCAAGAAAAGAAGAUCAAAAAAUUAAUUCAUUAGCAUAUGAUGAAGGUUUUUGCGAUAAGAGAAAUCAGGAUGGCCAUAGUAUUCUUCAUAAAGCAUCAUGUGAUGGAAAUCUCAAACUCAUGGAAUAUCUUUGUAAAUGCGGCGUCAACAUAGAAGCAAAAGAUAAAUAUGGAAUUACUCCGCUCUCAAUGGCAUCAUUAUUCAAACAGCUGGAUGCUGUAAAAUAUUUGAUUUCCAUCGGAGCAGAUAAAGAAGCAAAAGAUGAUGAUGGGUGUACUCCACUCAUGUGUGCUUCAAUAUUCGGUCAUCUUGAAGUUGUUAAAUGUCUUAUCUCUAAUGGAGCUGAUAAAGAAGCAAAGAAUAAUGAUGGACAGACUCCACUCAUUUGUGCUUCAAUAAGCGGUCAUCUUGAAGUUGUUAAAUAUCUUAUCUUUAUUGGAACUGAUAAAGAAGCAAAGGAUAAUGGUGGGCGUACUCCACUCAUUUAUGCUUCAAAAUUCGGUCAUCUUGAAGUUUUUAAAUAUCUUAUCUCUAUUGGAGCUGAUCAAGAAGCAAAGGAUAAUUUAGGUCAAACAGCCAUAAUUUGGGCAUCUCAAAAAGGCCAUUAUGAAGUAGUUAAAAAUCUUAUUUCUUCUGGAGUUAAUAGCGGAGUUAAAGAUAAUGCAGGCAAUAAUUUACUCAAAUGUGCAUCAAAGAAAGGUUAUCUUGAAAUUGUUGAAUAUUUGAUCUCUAUUGGAGCAGAUAAAGAAGCAAAGAAUAAUGAUGGACAGACUCCACUCAUUUGUGCUUCAAUAAGCGGUCAUCUUGAAGUUGUUAAAUAUCUUAUCUUUAUUGGAACUGAUAAAGAAGCAAAGGAUAAUGGUGGGCGUACUCCACUCAUUUAUGCUUCAAAAUUCGGUCAUCUUGAAGUUUUUAAAUAUCGUAUCUCUAUUGGAGCUGAUAAAGAAGCAAAGGACAUUUACAGAUGUACUUCACUCAUGCAUACAUCAAUAUCUGGUUUUCUUGGAAUUGUUGAAUAUUUGAUCUCUAAUGGAGCUGAUAAAGAUGCAAAGGAAAAUUAUGGACACACUCCACUUAUUUUGGCAUCAUAUGGUGGUGAUAUUGAAGUUAUAAAAUAUCUUAUCUCUGUGGGAGCUGACAAAGAAGCAAAGAGCAAAGAUGGAAAUACUCCACUCUUUUGGGCUUCAUACAUGGGUCAUCUUAAUAUUGUUAAAUAUCUGAUCUCGAUUGGGGUCGAUAAAGAUGCACAGAAUUUGAAAGGUGAAACAUCACUUCAUUGGUCAUCAAAAUAUGGUAAGCUUGAAGUGGUUCAAUUUCUCAUUUCUAAUGGUGCUAAUAAAGAAUUGGCAGAUAAUAAUGGAUAUACACCUCUCAUUACAGCAAUAAAUUCAUGUAAAUUCAACGUUGCUAAAUAUCUUAUCUCUAUUGGGGCAGAUAUGACAGCAAAUAAUAAUGAAUUAUGGGUUUCACUCAUUAAAGCAUUUAAUUAUGAAAAAUAUAUGGAAGUCGUAAAUUUUGUUUCAGUUGUAUCUGAUAUAGAUGCAAAAAAUGACGAUGUGUUGCCCCAACUCAUUAAUACAUAUCAUAAUAAUAUCCUUAGCAUGAUUAUGUAUCUAAUCCUUUUUGGAGCUAAAAUUAACGCAAAAACUAAAGAUGGGAAAACUCCACUAAUUAUUGCAGCAUAUUGGAAUAAUCUUGAUGCAGUUAAACAUUUUAUUUCUGCCGGAGCUGAUAUAGAAGCAAAAAGCAAUAAUGGAGAUACUCCUCUCAUUGUUGCAUCAAAUGAAGGUAAUUAUGAUAUUUUUCAUUAUCUCAUCUCUGUUGGUGCUGAUAAAUGUGCUAAGAAUAAAAAUGGAGAAAAUCCUCUCAUUGCUGCAUCACAAAAAGGUCAUCUAAGAGUUGUAAAAUAUCUUAUAUCAUGUGGAGCUGACAUAGAAGAAAAAAAUAAUGCUGGAUGUACUCCACUCAUUUGUGCCUCGAUAAAUGGUCAUCUUGAUGUGGUUAAAUAUCUUAUUUCAGCUGGAGCUGAUAAAGAUGCAAAAAAUAAUGAAGGAAAAACACCACUCUCCGUUAGCUGGGGAGAUGUUAAGAAUUAUCUCUUAUCAAUUAUUUAA